AUGGAUGAAUUUUAUUUAAAUAAUGCCAAUCUGCUCGUCAUGAAACAAUUGGAUUACUUAGCUCAUGCAGCCAACCACUUAAGCGACGACAAUUUAUUUCAAUCAUUGGAAACUUUUACAGACAAUAACAACAACGACAACGACGAAGACUGCGAAGUGCCCCAGAGAUCUGCCGCACGCCUAAACAACAGAGAAGUCAUGAUUUACAGAGAAAGACUUGCACAGCAAAUGUCUUCCGCAAGAAAGCGGGUUGUGACAACUGGUCCAAGACAUAGAAGAGGUUACUCUACAGAUGAUAAUAGCUCCUUGACUGAACUGUCUACAUUUUCAGACGAUCAGCAGAGUGUCUCAUCAGAUUCUGCCUGUUCUUCUCCUUCCACUUCACCACAUUUAGCAAUGUCAAAGAAAAACCCCAUAAAUACUUCGUUUACUGGAGUGAGGUUAUUCGAUGACUAUUGCAAUCUUGAUCCACUCGAUGAAGAUGACGACGAUGAUGUGUCAUUUUUUGAAGAAAUCGGAGAAGCUUGCUUAUGCAGAAUAGACGCCGUUGUACUGGUUUCCAGUAUACACGACAGUAACAGUGAUUCAAGUAGACCAAUACUGUACAUCAAAGUGUGA